GGCCUACCCGCGCACCCUCGGCGGCUUACACCGAAUCAGGUCACACAGACUAUUUUCAUGGCUAGCGAACGAGAUGGCUGGCUGGUGGGCAGCGGGCGUGGCCGAGUCUUUGCGCAGUCUUUUUUGUGAGAUGGGUGGUUCGACGUGAAAUCCAUACCCCCUCCCUGUCUAAAUUAGACAAAAGGAUGACUAGGGCUUUGUGAGACCCUCGCGGGGGAAACAAAACGCCAGUCUGGUCUGAAUCCGCGCGGCGUCGGACCUGGCCGGACGCAAGAAUGGUGUUAGCGCAGAGAAGCGGAGUGAGACAGGACAAUGGCUCUUUGUCAAAGAAAGGGGAAUCUGGCGGUAUCGGGGAAGAAAAAGGGGAAGAUGUGCCCCCGCGAGGAUAUAAAAGAAGACGAGAACGAACAAAGACACAUUGAGCGCUGCAGACCUGCAGAGCACGACGACGCACAAGCAUGGAACCAAUCUCAGAAACAACAGCAAAAGUUGUGGACAGAUCAACUCGGCAUUAAGCUUCUGGGGCUUGCACACAUGAAGCAGCCUAGUGCUUGGUGCAUGGAUGCAGCGGCGCGCAUAUCCCCGUUCAGACACGGCGGCAACAUCGGUCAGGAUGCCUCCAACCUCCAGCCACUUUCGGUAUUGCAAUCCCAAGCUGCAGCCCCCACCCUCGCUAUUCUUUCCGAUCAAGAUCCAGGCGCUGGCUGUUUUUUCCCCGAACGUAGCGGCGUUUCUAGCUGCGUUCCAGAGCCUAGGCGAGCGAGACAGCGAAGCUAGCAUAGGGCUUUAUUUGGGCUGGUGAGGCGCCUCACCAUGGUCACCAAUAAGGUCGGGCGGGAGAGCCCGAGACGGGGAUUGGGACGAUGCAUGUAUGUGAUAGUGGCAGCUUUAUCUGCGGUAUCUGAUCGGGACCCUGAAACCAGGGCUCGGGUUGCAGAGGCCCGAAACAGAGGCCCUGGCAGGCCGCAGCCUCGCGAGAUGCGGGGAUCCUUGCCGUAGUGGUG